CGUGUCUACUGCCUGCCACCGCACAUCUCCUGUAUCAUGAGAGGUCCCGCGAGAGCUCUCGCGCCCCUGCUGGUAGUCAGUUGCUGGCUAUCUAGCGUCCAAUGCUUCACGGGGCUCGGACCACACCGGGUAGUUCGGCGAGCUAGUCUUCCCACAAGGAGCAAUGCUGCGUUUUCUUCGUGUGUCAGCAGCCGAGCCUGUGAUGAUGUUGCCAAGCGGAGGGGUUAUGGUGGUGUCAUGAUGGUCUCAACACCGUCGGCGGCUGAAGCUAAGGGAGCAAUGGUUGAUCCUGCUGAGGUGGAGGCGGCUCUUGUAGAAGAGGACAAGAAUGUCUACCUUGGAUUGUUCGCGCUGCAGCUGCUCCCGUCCCUCCUCAUCGGCUACAAGCUUGCAUCGUUCGUCUACUUCGGCCUGCUAGCCGUCAGCACGGUGUACCUGGGAUCGAAGAGGAUGGACAUCCCGGACGAGACGCGGAAUCCCAUCACUGCUGCGCAAGCUUUCGGCGCGCCUUUUGCGGCCUCGGUAUCGCUCUUCGGCGUGUUCGCCCUCCUCAAGUACACCGACAUCUCGGUCGGGAUCGCUUACCAGGCGACCCUCUACUUGACGACAUUUCUAGGCGUGGCGACGUCCGUGUCGGUGCUCCCACCCAUCCUCCGCUCAGUCCUGCCGGACAACGUGGUCAAGGUGCCGGUUUCAGCGCCUCUCGACACGGUGCUCGCCAAGGCAUUUCCCGAGACCUGGGAAAACGACGACCAACCGCUCCUUGACUUCGCAGAGCUUGCCGUGCUGGUGUCGGCAAUAAGCGCGGCAUUCGUUUACAUCAACCCCUCUGUGGGCUUGAGCGCCAAGUUUCUCAUCCCCAACGUAUUCGCGUGGUGCAUCGGUAUGCAGUCGAUCGGUCUGAUUAGCAUCUCAACCUUCCCGGCGGCAGCGAUUUUGCUCACGGGGUUGUUCUGCUACGACAUAUUCUGGGUCUUCGGCACGGAGGUCAUGAUGACUGUGGCCACCAAGAUCGAAGCUCCGGUAAAGUUCCUGUUCCCGAGCUUGACGGACCCCUCCAAGCGGUACCCCUUCUCCGUGCUCGGCCUGGGCGACAUCGUCAUACCGGCUACCUUUUGCACACUCAUGAGGUCGUUCGACAUCUACCUGGAGGGGGCCAGACAAGCCGAGGCUGCAGCUGCCCGAGCCCUCCUAACGGAGGUAGGAAACAAGAACCCGAUUGCUCUCUGGCUAGACUCGAUCCUGGGCACGCCGGUAGCACAGGCCGGCUCAGGUGUAUCCGAGGCAUCCCCGAAGGGUAUCCCCCCUGGGGGGAGAUUGGCGGCGGCGGGAGUGGCCGGCGCUGUGGGAGAGGCGGGGGGCGGCAGAUCAUACUUUGACAACAGUGUGGCGGCCUACGCGAUUGGUUUGGGACUGUGCUUCACGGUGAACUUCGUCUCCAAGUCCGGGCAACCAGCACUGCUGUAUUUGAACCCGGCGCUACUUUCAAGCGCCAUCUUGACAGCAGUGCUCAACGGCAAUGGGGAGCUAGGCAAGCUGCUGGCGUUUGGAGUAGGGAAGGACUCCAAGGCAUCGGAUGACGACCCGUAGUUAGGACGGCGCUGGCGAGUAGCGGUUUGCCGACCACAUAUUUGCCGUCGAUCGUUUCAUCAUCGAGGUGGCGCUUUGCAGGACUUGAAGUGUACAAGCCAGGCAGAGAGGGAUGCAAUCAGUUGUGUUCUGCAGCCUUUGGACGAAACGGUUGUCUCGUGCUUCUUCAUCUCAGACGUCAAGUCAAGAAGGAAAGUACGAUAUUGUAGCUGAAAAUUGUUCCAGCACACACAGUGCUGAUUCAGAGGCAAAGGAGGCGGGAAGAUUGUGU